GGUAUUCGAGGAAAGAAAAAACUAUUGAUUACAACCCACCUCUCUGUGUAGAUGGCUCAAGUCUCUCCCUCAUCGUCCUUGUGCAAAACAGUUCAACAAUUGAUUGAAAAUGGCGAUGAGCUCCCCGAUCGGUAUAUUUGGAGUGGACCCAUUGAUCUCACUCUUCCUCUGGCUUCCGAUAUUCCACUUAUUGACGUCGCCCACUUGUCCUCCUCCUCCUCCUCCUCCUCCUCCUCCUCCACGGAGCUUCUCCGCCUCCGCUCCGCUCUCACUUCCUGGGGCUGUUUCCAGGCAGUAAACCAUGGCAUUGACGCUUCAUUCCUUGAUGAAGUUCGUCGACUAUCCACACAAUUCUUUCACCUUCCCAUCACCGAGAAGCAAAAAUGCGCAAGGCACGGCGACGACUAUCAAGGAUAUGGCUCCGAUUUAGUUCUCUUCAACAACCAAUCUCUUGAUUGGAAUGACAGGUUGUAUCUCCAAGUAGCUCCCGACCACCACCAUAAACUCCAUUACUGGCCUCUAAAUCCACAUUCAUUCAGAAAAGUGUUGCGUGAUUACACUGCUAAGCUUAGACAGCUUGAAGAGCAGCUUCUCAAGGCAAUGGAGAAAUCGUUGAGCUUGACAGAGGGCAGCUUUUUGAGCAAAUUUGGGGAAGAACAGAGCAUGUUUGCAAGAUUCAACUACUAUCCCCCGUGUUCAAAACCGGAUCAAGUUCUUGGUCUCAAGCCACACGCAGAUGGAUCCGGGAUGACAAUUGUCCUGCAGGACCGGGACGUACUAGGCCUUCAGAUUCUGAAAGACGACCAGUGGUUUUGGGUUCCCACAUUGCCUGAUGCAUUGCUUGUGAACGCGGGUGAUCAACUUGAGAUAAUGAGUAACGGGAUAUACAGAAGCCCGGUGCACAGGGCAGUGACGAACUCGGAGAGAGAGAGGAAUAGUUUGGCUGUGUUCUGCUCUCCUGAUCCGGAGAAAGAGAUCGAGCCGGUGGAAGAACUUGUAGAUGAGGAGAGGCCGAGAAUGUUUAAGACAGUGAGAAACUAUGUAGAGACUUAUUUCCACUACUAUCAGCAGGGGAAAAGGCCUAUUGAUGCAGUUAGAAUCUAGUGUGUUGUGUAAUCUGCCUAUAUUGUAGUGCAACUCGUAUUCUACUGUUAAAUUUAUUAGCUAACAAUGAAAUUUUAAAUGCUA